AUGAGUGGCGAGGCAGACACGAAGGUCAUGGAUGAUCUCCCACAGGAGAUCCGCGAUGCGGAUGUCCAGGAGAUUCAGAUGCGUACGCGUAUGCUGGAGAACGAGAUUCGUGUGAUGAAGUCUGAGCAUAUGCGCUUGCGGCAUGAACAGAGCGUGAUGAAAGAACGCAUCAAGGAUAACAGCGAGAAGAUUGCUCAAAACAAGGUGUUGCCCUACCUUGUGGGCAAUGUAGUGGAAAUAUUGGACAUUGAUCCUGAUGUGGACGAGGAUGCGGAAGAAGGUGCGCAUGCGGAGCCGUCCACCCACAAGGGCCAAUGCGCUGUGAUCAAGACGUCUACGCGCCAGACCAUCUUCUUGCCCCUCAUCGGUCUUGUGCCUGCCAACGAGCUGCAGCCUGGCGACUUGAUAGGUGUGAACAAGGAUAGCUACCUGAUCCUUGAUAAACUACCAGCUGAAUACGACUCACGCGUCAAGGCGAUGGAAGUCGACGAGCGACCCACCGAGACAUAUACUGACAUUGGUGGUCUUGACAAGCAGAUUGAAGAGCUUGUUGAGGCUAUUGUUCUUCCUAUGCAGCAAGAGCAAAAGUUCAAGAACCUCGGCAUUAAGCCGCCGAAAGGUGCUUUGAUGUACGGCCCUCCGGGAACCGGCAAGACCCUUUUGGCGCGUGCCUGUGCUGCUCAAACCAAUGCAUGCUAUCUCAAACUAGCAGGCCCGUCUCUCGUGCAAAUGUUUAUCGGUGAUGGUGCCAAGUUGGUCCGAGAUGCCUUUGAGCUCGCGAAAGAAAAGGCGCCGGCCAUUAUCUUCAUCGACGAAAUUGAUGCCAUCGGUACGAAGCGUUUCGACUCCGACAAGUCGGGUGACCGUGAAGUGCAACGUACUAUGCUAGAACUGUUGAACCAGCUGGAUGGCUUCUCUAGUGAUGAGCGCAUCAAGGUCAUCGCUGCUACCAACCGUAUUGAUAUCCUCGACCCAGCUCUGCUUCGUUCCGGCCGGCUUGACCGCAAGAUCGAGUUCCCCUUGCCCAACGAAGAAGCACGUGCACAGAUCAUGGAAAUCCACAGUCGGAAGAUGGCUGUGGGACCCAAUGUCAACUUCAAGGAACUGGCUCGCUCGACCGACGAAAUGAACGGUGCCCAGCUGAAAGCGGUUUGUGUCGAAGCAGGUAUGAUUGCGCUGCGAGAAGGCGCCACGGAGUUGGAUCACGAGCACUUCUUGGGCGGCAUUCUUGAAGUGCAGGCCCUGAAAAAAUCGGAUCACUUUUACUAUGCAUAA